AUGGCUGGGCCGUCGCAAGAGCACGAGCCGCCGUCGCAGGAGCCCGAGGCGCCAACGGAGGGCACCGAGGCGCCGGCAGCCGCAGCCGAGGCGGCGAAGAAGGCCGAGGAGGCGAGGCUUCUCCAGCUUCUCGCGACGCUCACCGAGGAGAGGAUCCGAUUCGGCAUCACGGCGGAGAGCCAGGCGGCGGCGUCGGCAGAGGUGGCUAAGGCUGGCAAGGGCGGCUGCCGCGAGGAGGGCAGCGGAUGCGGCACAGCCGCAUAG